AUGGCUCGCAUUUUCCACGACCAACCGGCCAUCCGUGAGCACAAGGAGAAGAUCACCUGGGGACUCAUCAAACGUGGCGUUGUCAACGUUAAUGUUCUUGUGGGCGCCUGGAUCUACAUCUGUGACCAGAUAACAGUACAAGGCCUGUCGAUCUUCACAGUCACGAUUCUUAGACUCAACUACCCAGGCCGCUCCACCGUCGAAAUCCAAUUGUUGUCAGUGCCUCCACCUAUUGUUGGAAUGAUAUUUGGCCUUGGCGUCGCAUAUGUGACUAUGAAGACACGCAUGCAUGGAGUCGCCAUUGCGGUAUGCGCAGCUUUGAAUGUCAUGGGAUAUUCCAUUUGGCUGGCGUCAACGAACCCGCAAGCGAGAUAUGCCGCCAUCUUUCUUAACACAGCGGGAGGUUUCAGUUUUGGCACAUUGGUUCUCAGCUGGACCUUGGCUAAUGCAGCUCCUGAUACGAUACGAAACGUAGCAAAUGGCGCCGUUUCUGGCCUCGCCAAUAUUGGAUCAAUCACCGCUACUUGGAGUUAUAUCAAUACCGAUGCGAAGACCGGCUAUCGCAUAGGCAACAGUCUGAACACGGCUACUGCGGCCUCUGUUAUCAUCGCAUCCCUGGGACUUGUAUUUUACCAAAGAUGGGAAAACAAGAAGCGUGCGCAGGGUGGCCGUGACUAUCGAUUGGAGGCUUCCGAGGACGAAGUUGCUACACUUGGCCAUCUUCAUCCAGAGUUUAGAUACAUCAACUGA